AUGUCAGCUGCAAAGGAAGACAGAUUUGAGGACAAAGAUUCUCUUUCAAACGUUUCGACGCCAAAUGAAGAACACUCUUAUGCUGAGUCUUUGCAGAGCUACGAAGUUCACGGUGCAACAGCAGAACCACAUGGCGCUAACGGCGACCCAGAAGAUCUAAGAGCUACUUCGCAAAUAUCACGUCACAUAACGAAUAUGCUAUCAAAUGAAGAUGGUACCGAAAGGUUGGCUGCUAUGUCGCGUAUUAUCUCUAGCAAAACGAAGAAAGAGAUGCAAGAAUUUGAAGUCAACGACUUAGAUUUCGACUUAAGAUCUUUGUUGAACUACUUGAGAUCCCAUGCCAUUGAACAGGGCCUUACGCCGAGGGAUUCUGGUAUUGCGUUUAAAAAUGUGACAGCUAUUGGUAUUGAUGCUUCAGCCGCUUAUGGUCCCUCUGUGGAAGAAAUGUUCAGGGAUUUGCUGAAAUGGCCUUUGAAAUUCUUCAAGUUCGGAAAGAAAGACGCAGUGCCAUUGAGAGAGAUUGUCAGAAACUGCACUGGUGUUGUAGAGUCCGGUGAAAUGCUUUUCGUAGUUGGUAGACCAGGUGCAGGUUCUUCGACAUUGUUAAAGUGUCUUUCAGGUGAAAUUGAUGAUUAUGUCCGUGUGGAAGGUUCAUUUUCCUAUGACGGUCUUGAUCAAGCAGAAAUGAUGAAGAGAUAUAAAGGUUACGUUGUUUACUGCCCUGAGAUGGAUUUCCAUUUCCCAAAGAUUACUGUUAAGGAGACGAUCGACUUUGCAUUGAAGUGUAAAACACCUCGUGUUAGAGUUGAUAAUAUGACAAGGAGCCAAUACGUCAAUAGUCUGAGAGACAUGUGGUGUACAGUCUUUGGUUUAAGACACACCUAUGCCACUAAAGUUGGUAACGAAGUGGUGAGAGGUGUUUCUGGUGGUGAAAGGAAGCGUGUUUCUUUGGUGGAAGCACAAUGUAUGAUGGCGGCUUUAUAUUCUUGGGAUAAUGCUACAAGAGGUUUAGAUGCUUCUACAGCAUUGGAAUUUGCUCAAGCUAUUAGAACUGCUACCAAUAUGAUGAACAAUUCUGCGCUUGUCUGUAUCUACCAGGCAGGUGAAAACAUUUACCAGUUAUUUGAUAAAGCUACCGUUCUAUACAAUGGUAAGCAAAUUUACUUUGGUCCUGCUGACAAAGCAGUUGCUUAUUUCCAAGAUAUGGGUUGGGUUAAACCACCUAGAAUGACAUCUGCGGAGUUCUUGACAUCGGUGACUGUUGAUUUCGAGAAUAGAACAUUAGACAUCAAACCAGGGUAUGAGGAUAAAGUACCAAAAUCGGGUGCUGAGUUUGAACAGAGAUGGUUAGAGUCUGAAGAAUACCAAGAGUUGUUAAGAUACUAUGAUGAUUAUCAAGCACGCCAUCCAGCUGAUGAAACCAGGGAUAGAUUUGAAACUGCAAAGAGACAAGUCUUACAAAAGGGUCAAAGAAUGAAAUCUCAAUUUGCCGUGAACUAUGCUACCCAGGUUUGGCUUUGUAUGAUGCGUGGAUUCCAGAGAGUUAAAGGUGAUUCUACUUAUACCAAAGUUUACUUGUCCUCAUUUAUCACCAAGGGUCUCAUUAUUGGUUCCAUGUUUCACCAAAUUGAUCAUAAAAAUCAAUCAACCACUGCAGGUGCUUAUUCCCGUGGUGGUUUAAUUUUCUAUGUUCUAAUCUUCGCAGCUGUUACAUCUUUGGCUGAAAUUGCUAACUCUUUUGCCAACAGGCCAAUUGUGGUUAAGCAUAAAACUUAUUCGAUGUAUCACAUUUCUGCUGAAUCUUUGCAGGAAAUUAUUACUGAAAUGCCAAUUAAGUUCCUUGCGAUUGUCCUAUUGGCUGUUACAACUUAUUGGAUGCCAUUGAUGAAGUUUACCGCCGGUGCCUUUUUCCAGUACUUCCUGUAUUUAUUCACAUGUCAACAAUGUAUGUCCUUCAUUUUCAAAUUUGUUGCUACAAUGACAAAGGAUGGUACUACUGCCCACGCUGUUGGUGGUUUAGCUGUUUUAAUGUUUACGACUGCUUGUGGUUUUGUGAUACCAAUUGGUGAGAUGCACCACUGGAUGAGAUGGUUCCACUACCUUAACCCGUUGACUUAUACAUAUGAAUCUCUGAUGUCCACUGAAUUCCAUGGGAGACAAAUGUUAUGUUCCAACCUUGUCCCCAAUGGUGCCGGUUAUGAGAAUGUUCCAGUUGCUAACAAAAUCUGUGACGCAGCUGGUUCCGUCAAAGGACGUAAGUAUGUGAGCGGUGAUGCUUAUGUGCAAAAGAACUAUCAUUUCGCUUACAAGCAUGCUUGGAGAGAUUGGGGUGUUAAUGUUGUUUGGACCGCUGGUUACAUUAUGUUUAACGUUAUUGCUUCUGAGUUUUUGAAACCCCUAGAAGGUGGUGGUGACUUGUUACUGUACAAGAGAGGCCACAUGCCCAACUUUGGUACUGAAAAUGCUGAUGCCAAGACCGCCAGUAGGGAAGAAAUGAUGGAAGCUCUAAACGGUCCUGGUGUUGAUUUGAAAAAGGUUAUUGCCGAAAAGGAUGUCUUCACUUGGAACAACCUAGAUUACGUUAUUCCAUAUGAUGGUGCUACCAGACAAUUGUUGUGCAACGUUUUUGGUUACGUUCAACCCGGAAAAAUGACUGCCUUGAUGGGUGAGUCUGGUGCUGGUAAGACGACUUUGUUAAAUGUUUUGGCCCAAAGAGUCAAUAUGGGUACAGUGACUGGUGAUAUGUUGGUUAACGCUAAGCCAUUACCACAAUCUUUCAAUAGGUCCUGUGGUUAUGUUGCACAAGCUGAUAACCACAUGGCGGAAUUAAGUGUUAGGGAAUCCCUAAGAUUUGCUGCUGUUUUAAGACAACCUGCUUCUGUUCCAAUUGCUGAAAAAUAUGACUAUGUGGAGAAGAUUCUGCUAUUAUUGGGUAUGCAAAACUAUGCUGAAGCCUAUGUGGGUAAAACCGGUAAGGGUUUGAAUGUUGAGCAGAGAAAGAAAUUGUCUAUUGGUGUUGAGUUGGUUGCUAGACCAGCUCUGUUAUUGUUUUUAGACGAACCUACUUCUGGUUUGGACUCUCAAUCUGCUUGGUCUAUCGUUCAAUUCAUGAGGGCAUUGGCUGAUUCUGGUCAAUCGAUUUUGUGUACGAUUCACCAGCCUUCUGCUACUCUGUUUGAGCAAUUCGACAGAUUAUUGUUAUUGAAGAAAGGUGGUAGAAUGGUGUACUUUGGUGACAUUGGACCAAACUCUUCUACGAUGUUGAGUUACUUUGAGCGUGAAUCAGGUGUCAAGUGUGGUGUUUCUGAAAAUCCUGCAGAAUACAUUUUGAACUGUAUUGGUGCUGGUGCCACUGCAUCUACGAGUGCUGAUUGGGGUGACCUGUGGGAAAAGUCACCAGAAUGUGCUAAAGCGAGGGAAGAAGUCGAGGAAUUACAUCGCACGCUACCUAGUAAACCAACCAAUGAGGAUCCUGAGCUAUGUACCAAAUUUGCUUCAACUUAUCCUGUUCAGUUGAAGAUGCUUUUCAAGAGAACGAAUCUUCAAUUUUGGAGAUCACCUGUCUAUCUUAGAGCCAAGUUUUUUGAAUGUAUUGCUUGUGCUCUUUUCGUUGGUUUGUCUUAUGUUCAUUUAAACCACACAUUAGGAGCUGCUCAAGAGGCCUUUGCAUCUGUUUUCAUGCUAUUAUUGAUUGCUGUUGCAAUGGUCAACCAAAUGCAUGUUUUCGCCUUUCCAUCAAGAGAAUUAUAUGAAGUCAGAGAAGCCUCUUCCAAUACCUUCCACUGGUCUGCGUUGUUACUAAUGCACUUGCUUUUUGAAAUUAUAUGGUCUGUUGCAUGCCAAUUCUUCUGUUGGGUUUGCUACUAUUGGCCUGCAUACUACAGUGGACGUGCAUCUCAGGCGGGUUUCUUCUGGUUCUUUUAUGUUUUGAUCUUCCCAACAUAUUACUGUUCUUAUGGUUUGUGGGUUCUUUACAUGUCUCCUGAUGUUCCUUCUGCAUCCAUGAUCAAUUCUAAUAUUUUUGCUGCCUUCUUGCUGUUCUGUGGUAUCUUACAACCUAGAGAGAAGAUGCCUGCAUUCUGGAGAAGAUUGAUGUACAAAACUUCACCCUUUACCUAUGUGGUUCAAGCUUUGGUAACAUGUCUGGUCCACAAUAAAAAGGUUGUUUGUGGUGAACAUGAGCUGCUGAGGAUGGAUCCACCUUCUGGUCAAACCUGUGCUUCCUACUUGCAGAAGUACAAGUCUGAACAAGGUGGUUACAUUCGUAACCCGGGUGCCACAAGUGAUUGUGAAUACUGCCCUUAUACUGUACAGGACGACGUUGUGAGGAAAUAUAACAUCCAUUGGGGUCAAAGAUGGAGAAAUUUCGGUUUUCUGUGGGCUUACAUUAUUUUCAACGUGUUUUUCAUGUUAUUCUGUUAUUACAUCAUGAGAGUUAAGGUGUGGUCUCUUGGUGGUUUGUUGAAUAUUAAAAAUUGGAUUCCUAAGAGGAAGGAUAGACAUGAGAAGGAUACAACUAUCUUCCAAGCAAAGCCCAGCGAUAAGAAUAUGGUUAAAAAAUAG